AUGCUCUCAUACAAAAAGAACGACCUCCCCUACAUCCACCGCUAUAUCACAACCCACAAUACGGAAGGCGAAGCGGUGUUUCUUCCUCAUGCACAGGUACCCGAUUAUCUCCCCUCAAAGCCGGCCGGGGAAGAUGGCGAGAUUGCCCUUCUAUACGCUACAACUAGUAUGCCAGUAUCCGUCGAUGACGAAGCCGAUGUAGCCAUGUACGACGAGUUCCUGCAUCAACCACCGGGCAUUACAACCGAUGGAGGGACAGUUUUCCGGAUGAUCGAUCUCCGUCCUGGAAAGGCCACGCCGAUGCAUCGGACUGUCAGUGUUGACUAUGGCGUGAUACUUGAAGGAGAGGUGGAUCUCGUGCUGGAUUCGGGUUCGAAGAGGCACAUGCAUCGUGGUGAUGUGAGUGUGCAGAGAGGUACGGCUCAUUCAUUUCGGAAUAGGAGUGAUAAGAAGUGGUGCCGGAUGUUGUUUGUUUUCUUGCCAAUGAAUAAAUUGACAAUCCGAGGCGAAGAGUUGGGAGACGAGGUGUACGAAGAUGACUACGACAAGCCGGAUAAAAAAGAUGACUAG